GCUACAGGAUAAAGACAAAACUCUUGCAUGCUGUCUAGCAUUUUGGCGUAAUAACUGAUGUCACCCGAUCUCCCUGUUUUGGGGUUUUGUGCUAUUUCCCUAAGCUUUUCUGUACCGGCUUCCAGAAAAUAGAUCAAACUUUCCUUGAAAUUGGGAGAUUGGAUAGUUCAUGACAAGAACUUAUUUUGAUUCCUAACUCCAAACUCUAAUCUUUAUCCCCCGGGGGAUAGUAUGGCCAUACUAACUAAUAGUCCUAUUUUGGCGCUAGUUAGUGUCACGUUUAAUUCAUAAGAUGCCGUCUAAAAUUUCAAAGUGGUUAUCUUCCUACAAACCAUCAUCUCGUGAGGCGAUGGAUGAAUUUAUCACAUGGAUGUAUUCAAGUAACAAGCUAGUUGAUGAUAUAGAAGAGACAUUUGAAAAACUAGUCUCUUCCAGUACUAUUUCUGAUGUCUGUCAAAGAUUAUUUGUAUUUUAUAAAUCAGGUUUACCGGCCUUACAAAAUUUUGUUGUUCUUCUUUUACCUUCAUUAUUGCAUUCAUAUUUAUGUCAUUCUUAUGAAGAUAAUAGCUCAUCAUCUCAGACAAGAAAAAUUGUUUCAAAUAUAUCAGAUUCAUCCCAGUCAUCAUUUUUAAUCAGUUUGAGUUUGUUAGAAUCAUGUUUGCUGAGCAUAUGCAAUUAUUAUCUUGUGAAAGCUGACCCUUUAAAAGGUAAAUUUGAAAGCUUUAUAAGUGAUAUUAACAACUUUCGUCUACCAUCGUUAACCACACCGUCUGUUUUUCAUAAUCCUGUUUCUAUUAAGGAAACAAUCGAAAGAAAUGAUGCCAAUGUUAAAACUGAAAGUGAGAAUUUGAAUCCUCUUAGAGUGUCUGCGAUUAUAUGCUUAGUUCAAAAUUAUAUUGAGAUAUUAUCUACUCUUGAUCUGCAAAAUCCUAUUAUAUCUGUGCUAAUAUUUCACUCAUUGUCAAGAUUUUCAAAGUUUUCAGAUCGUGUUGUUAGCAUAUCAAAACGUCCUCGUAUUCCAACUUCAUCUGGUUUAUUAAUGAUAUUAUUGGAUUGUUCAGAUCUUAUUUUAUUUAAACUCGAUUGCUUUGAUAAAUACUCUGGAAGUAAUAAUCGUCUUGCUGACUCAAUCCGAUCCUCUAUAUUGGACAGUAUUAUAGAAAUUAGUAAUCGUGCUACGCAUCAUUGUUUUUCUUCUUGUCUUUUAGUAUGUCAGUCUUUAUUACACUAUCGCAGUAUUUAUUACGAUUAUUGUGAUCAAAAACCUAGGAUGGAAGAUGGAUAUAUUCGGGAUAUUGAAAAUACCCCUACUUCUCGAAAUGGACUUACUAAUUCUACUCACAUUCCACCUGUGAUCUCUAUAAACUCUGUAGAGGAUAAAACUCCACGUACUGAGUAUACUCCACGACCAAAACUUAGCUCUACAAAUGCUGAAGUAUUUACAAGUGCUUCAUUUAAACCAGAAAUUGUAUCUGAAGAUAUAACUCCAGUCAGUGAGAAUUCUCGAUCGUCCAGACCAGACAAAAUGACAGGCCCAGAGGAGAAUGUUAAUAAUGGGGCUAGUGCAAGUAAUAAUACCAAUAAGAUGCAUUCCAGUGAAGUACAUGAAAGAAAACACAAUAAGUUAAAAAUUGGUGUUGAUUUCCGAAUCAAAUCAAAUGAUCAUAGAAAGCAUACUUUGGAGAAACUAUCUGCACAUCAUGUAAAAAGUAAUAACACUGAGAAGUAGUUCAGUAUGUAUCAUAUAAACUUAAUUUUGUUCCUUGUCUUUCAUUAGCAUUAUCAUUGCUCAUUAUCGUCAAUAUCUUUUACUAAAACACUAUCGUUGGUUUAUGAUCAGUUGACAAAUGAGGUGUUGUUCAUGACUUGCAUUUUCUCGCACCUGUGUUACUCCUUUUAUUUAUUUUCGUAACUUUUUAUUUUUUACAUUCUCAUACAGUCUUUACAAUGAGACCUCUGUGUAUAGAUCUUAACUUUUUCUAUCAAACUACCUAAUUAUAAAUAGCGUACUUUCAGUUGAAAAUUAUUGUAUAUCUUAUGUAAUGUCUUAUUUUCUUUAUUCUACCAGUUAUACAUGCUCAGUUGUUUUAAAAGAAACACUGGUUUAGUAAGUUGAAACUUUCGUAGGUGUUAAUGUAAUUUAAUCUUCUAGAUUUCAUCAAGUUUUGUUUCGUCAAAUAGGUUUGUUUAUUUUGAAUGUACAGUCUUUCUUCAAUCUCAUCGAUGGCUUACGGAAAGCUGUGUGGUUUUGUACUAAGUAGACAGCUGACAAAUAUCGAGAAGUACUAGGAUAGCAAAGUUGAAGAACGAAUAGAUAAAUAGGUAAUGAAGUGUGAAGAGUGAUAAAAAGGGGAUAGAUUUGUACCAUUACCACGUACUUUGAAUCAUAAUCAGCACUCUCUGAAAUCUCUUGUACCGUAUUUAGAUAGCAUAUAUUUCCUCAUGCUAUACAGCCCAAUAUCUAGUAAAUCAACCAAAUGAUCCUGUAUAUUCGUCUAAACAUCUUUUCAACAGCUAAAUCCUAUUAUUAAUAAUGUAUCAAGUUGUGAUAUGUCGUAGUUAAGCAUCUAUUCACUAG